AUGGAAUCACUCUUCAAGCUGCCAGACGAGUCGAUACUGACUCCAUUGUUUCAGCAAUUUCCGUGCCGCGAGCACCAAAUACGGUCUCUGGCCAGCUUGAUCAACCCCGAUGCGAUUCCCUGCCGAAACCUCGUCAUUCACGGUGCCGAGGCCACGGGAAAAUCUAGCGUGACAGCCGCCCUCCUCGACCGACUCUGCGAACCGAACCUAGACCAGACCGAUGCGCCGCCGGUGCGCCUCAGCCACGCCCGCGUCGAUGCCGCGCAGUGCAUCACGGUGCGGCACCUCUACGAGCGCAUCGUGAGCGCCGUGGCGGCCGCGCUGCAGGCGCACGACCUGGCGCCGAAGCGCUGCGAGACCAUGGCGCAGCUCGCGGUCGCGCUCGGCGAGAUGCUGCAGGAGAAGAGCCGCCGCGACGACCCGCGGUGGCGGUUCGCUCUCGUGCUCGACUCGAUCGACAGGCAGCGCGAUGCACCGGCGACGCUGCUUCCUGCACUGGCGCGGCUUUCCGAAAUGGUACCAUGCCUUACGUGCGUCAUCAUAGUCACAUCGCCACCGGCGGGCUUCCUGCGCUCUCCAGGCUCGGCCAAUCUACACUUUCCCCCAUACACGAAGCAGGAUUACGUGCGCAUCCUCGCGCUCUCGCCACCGGAGCCCGUCAAGGGCACGACGCAGCAGGAAACGAGCGACCUGUGGGCGAGAUUCUGCGCCGCCGUGCACGACUCCCUGAUACGAGCCGCCUCGCGCACGCUGCCGUCGUUUAAAGACUGCUGCCACGCGCUGUGGCCCCGAUUCACCGCCCCGAUCGUUGCGCAGACGCACACGCCCAAGGAGUUCUCCAAGCUGCUCGUGGCUGCGCGCGUACACUUCCAGGACGAAUCUCUCCUCAACCCCAGCAUAGUCACCGUGCGGCCCAGCGCUGCCGCCGCCGCCGGACCACCGGCCAAGACCGGAGGGUCUAUAUCGGCCAAGGUCAAAACCAGCAACAUCACAGAGCUCACGUCCCUGCUCCCUACGAUAGCGCGCCUGCUCCUUCUCGCCGCCUACCUUGCCUCGCACAACCCUGCCAAACACGACCUCACGCUCUUUUCCACCUUCUUCCACGGCCGAAAGAGGCGGCGAGGCGGCGGAGGGACUGCAUCGCGAGGUGGCCCUGGCCGGAGCAAGCACCGCAAGAUUGCGCGCAAGCUCCUGGGCUCGCACGCGUUUGUGCUGGAACGCAUGAUGGCCAUCUUUGAAGCGACGCGGGCCGAGUGGAUCGACGACGGGCGGCCCGUCGGCGCCGCCGGUGUGGACGGCGACGUGGGCAUGGCGCUCGCGACGCUGGUCAGCCUGCGGCUCCUGGUGCGCGUGGGCGCGGGCGACAUGAUGGACCGCUCGGGCAAGUGGAGGAUCAACGUCGGCUGGGAGGCCAUUCGCGGCAUAGGACGGAGCAUUGGCGUCGAGGUUGAGGAGUGGCUGAUUGAGUAG